CCUCGUCAUGGACACCUGGCGACCGGAAUUCCCGGUGGCCCGUAACCGAUCUUUCCGUUACCCCGCAUCCCCUCCCUCCAUUAAUAUCCAAAAACAAAACCACCGCAAAAAAAAAGAGAAGAAGACGAAGGAGGAGGAGAAGGAGGAACCAGAGGUUGCAGCAUCUCUCUCUCUCUCUCUCUUCCGUCCGCCGUCGCUCUGCAGAUCCCUCCGCCGGAGAGAGCCCCCGAUCCGCCGCCCCCCCAUCGCUCUUCGUCCCGGGUUUCGCGGAUCUAUCCCAUGUCCUCCUUGCGUUCCCUCGAGGUGUCCCCUCGGCGGGACCGCGAGCCCGGCGACGACGCCGUGGACGCCGCCUUCGCCAAGCGGGGCUGCUGCUUCUGGGUGCCGUUCCUGGGCGCCUCGCCCUCCUCCUCGGACGACGAGGAGGACCGGCCGGCGAGGGGCGUCGCCGCGGCGGCCGCGGGGACGAACUGGUGGGAGCGGGUCGGGGACAUGCCGGACGACCCGUGGUGGGCGCGGGGGUGGCACCGGGUGCGGGAGUGGUCGGAGCUGGUGGCGGGGCCGAGGUGGAAGACGUUCAUCCGGCGGUUCAACAAGGACCGGUUCGGCCGGAACUCGCAGUUCCGGUACGACCCGCUGAGCUACGCGCUGAACUUCGACGAGGGCCCCGGGCAGAACGGGCGCCCGCUGUUCGGGGAGGACGUCGUCCGCCGGGACUUCUCGUCGAGGUACGCCUCGAUCCCGGCGCCGUGCAAGUCCUCCAUGGACCUCGGGAACCACAGCGGCCCCCUGUUCACGUGACGCCCGCCGCCGCGCUCCUGGAUGUACAGAUCAGACAGAGACGGAAAACCGUUGCGCCGCCGUCCGAAGGCCGCGUUCGUGGGGGCCAAUCUUCGCGGCGGGGAUCGCCGUCGCCGUCGCCGUCGCCGUCGCCGUCGCCGUCGCCGGAGGAGAGAUGUGGAGCUACGCUCGACGGGUUCGGUUUUGGCCUCCGACGGAAGGGAAAGCCUAGCCGGUGUCGUGCGUGGGUUGACAUUCUUGAUUGGUCGAGGUGAUGCGUGUUGUGGGUUUGAUGGAAUAAUUGACUUGUCGUUGUCUGGGAGUUCUGUUAGGGUUUGGAAGGCGUUUGACACAAUACGAGGUUGUAUAGAAAUAAACUGUCUACUUUUUACUAU